AUGACAAUCAACGGAAUCAAUAGUGCCAAUGGCACAUCUCACCCUGACGUUGAAACCCAGCCCAGGACCAGAGUCUACCUUUGGGGGCUCGAUAACGAAGAACAUAAGUCACCCACACGCCCCGAGCACGCCGAGGCUUUGAUCCAUGGAAGCUUUCAGGAGAGUGUCAUUGGUGCCGAUAACAGGGAGCGAGUCGUCCAACGUCAUUUUAUGCCAGGUGGUGUCUAUCGAGCCAUUGUCAAACUGUUCCUGCGGUUCGAGAACCAAGCAGAAGACGACCCUUGGGCCAUGGCAACUGGAUGGCUCAUUCGCAAGGACCUGCUGGUGACGGCGGGACAUUGUGCCUAUGACCAUUCUCACGGGCUGGGCCGCCUGCUCCACGUCAAAGCCUAUAUUGGCUACAGUGGCAAGGAGAGCAUCAUACCUCCUGAACCUAAUGUCAAAGAUAAGUUCCGUGAUAUUUACAGGAACUACAAGGUGGAGUUCCGCACUGGAAAGGCUGUCAUGACGACCGAAAGCUGGCACAAUAAUGGGUCUUUCGAGGCCGCGGAUCUUUCUUUCAUCCAGCUAUCAUCUGGUUUUGAAGGUGUGGACCCGAUCAAGUACAGUCCGACCCCGAUCGCUAGCCAGGCAAAACUAGGUGUCAUUGGGUACCCUGGUGACCUACUCAACCCCGAUAUCCAGCACAGCGACGAGAAGGGAGCUGUCAUGUGGGAGAUGUAUCUCAAGGAUGCCGAGUCGUGGGACACUAGACUCAGCAGCAGCAACCCUGAAGGUCUUCUUCAAUACACCAUCGAUACCUACGGAGUCGAGGGGCCUCAGAGGGAAUGGCUCAAGAUCUUCAGCGUGCCAGCUGAGGCCAAGAUCACGCCGACACCCAAGCCAACACCAGGCCCCAGGCCUGGCGAAGGAGAGGCUCUACUGCCCGGCAGCGGGGGGCCGGGAACUUUGGGUGGCAACAUCACUGGCGUCGAAGAAGGCUUCCUCGACUUCUUGAACAAGGCCGUGAACUUUGUGGCACCUGUUGUCACGAGCGCCCUUGACGUGGCCUUGCCCAUUGCACUCGGCCCUGUCGGUGUCCCCGUUGCCGCGCUUGCCGGGCGGCCCUCGGUCCCGCGGGCAAGCUCGCUGCAGAGCGCGGGGGCACGGAAGCCGAGAUUGGCAAGCUGUCUCAAUACGCCCCACGAGGGCAUCGCUGAGCGAGCUAAGCUUGCUCCCUUGGUCACGACAAUUGGCCCCAAGAUUGUUGGCGCUGUCGCAGAACCCGCACUGCGUCUCGCACUCAGCAACAUCCCGAAGCCCCCGGGUACCGAGACGGAGAUCCCAAAGCUCCGGCCUGGCCGCAGCAACGAUACCAAGGUCGCCGGCUUCGGGCCCAAGCUCCCCAACGCUAACCACGAAGCCUUCAUCACCAAGCUUGGCAGCAAGCUCACGGAGAGCGAUACGGAGGGUUUCUUGGAGGUCGCGGAUGGCCCGGGACAGGUCAUCCGAAAGGGUCUACGAGUUCAUGUGCGGCCGCUCGACCAAUCGAUCAAGGACUUCCAUGAUCUCGUCAAGCCCAGAGGCACGGAGUCGACUUUCCAGGACCCUCAAGGAUGGAAGUUCAAGGGCGGCAUCACUGAGCGGGCCAUGCUGGGUGAGGCGGCGCUUCUGACACUGAUGGACACGGACGUGAAGAAGCUCGAACAGGAAGGCCUGUUCGACAUUAUCAAAUCCGUGGUUAAGACCGUCGGGCCUGUCGUCAUCAAGGCUGCUCCAGUGGUCUUCAAAGCUGUCACGCCCAUCGUCCAGAAUGCGCUGGCGGACCUCUCCAAGAACAAGGGAGGCAGCACUGAGGCUCUCCUACCUCCGGUCAACCAGGGUUGGCCGCGACUCUCGCAGACGGAGCGCAACAUUCUGAAUGCAGACAAUGAUUUUGUGACUUGGGACACCACACUCAACAAUGAAAACAACGCAUACAACGCAGUUGAUCUAGAGGCUAGCAAUGCCGGCGUGCUGGCUUACAACAUCAUCGGAAAACGCUUCUCGGUCUAUAACGCGGCCUUCACUGCAGGGCAGCACGUCGUGCCCCACGGAGCGCCCAAUGUCCAGUCUAUUUUCGGGUUUGCUGCGGCGGGAGUCAACAUCCUGGGCUCGUACCAGCAAGGCGACCCGCAGAUCGCAUUUGGAUGGAACAAUCAGUCGACUAUUUUCGCGGCAGGUGUAAAUCUUCCGGCGAACCAUCCUUGGUCUCUGGCGGGCGCUUUUGUCGCCGGGUUCGUCGAUGCUUCUUCACCUCAGAAAUACAGGUCUCAUGUGCGAGUUUAUGGUCAGCGUGCGAGCACUCGUAUCCAGGUCGGUUCGGACGCUGUGUAUGUUGAAAUGGGCCUGCCUACGUUCAUUCGCGUUUUGAGCCAAAUGAGGAGCAGUUUUGCGCAGAACAACGUGUGA